GCCCUGUCUUGACGCCAUUUUACAGGCGAAAUUGUGUGUGUGACGCGUUGUUGUAAAUCCAGAAAGUUUUCUUGGCUGUAAAAAGCGGGUUUAUUCGGUUGUAAAACAAAAGCAGGCGCAGGAGCAGAAGCAGCUAGUGAAGAUGUCGCAACGCUUUGCACCUGGCCAAGCGCCGGUGCAGUCGCGCUACCAGCCCCCGCCGCCGUCACCCGGCAUGCGUCCCUAUCCGCCGCCAGGCGCCACUUUUCCGCCGCGCGGCUUUCCCCUGCAUCCGAACACCACGCAACCAGUUCCGGGCACAACGAACGUGGCCGGAGUGCCUGGAGUUCCAGGAGUGCCUGGCGUACCCGGGCCAUCGCUACUCCAGCGCGCCGCCCAACAGCCGGCCUUUCAGAGCAGCCUACGCGGCACAGGCGCCGCCGGAGGAGGCGGUGGUUCCGGCGGAGGAAGCAAGCGGUCCAACGAAUCGCGCAGUUUGGGCGGCGCUGGUGGCAAAAGUGACUUCGUUACGGCCAAGAAGAAAAAGAAGCUGGCAGACAAGAUUCUGCCGCAGAAAGUGCGCGACCUGGUGCCGGAGUCGCAGGCGUACAUGGAUCUGUUGACGUUCGAGCGCAAACUGGAUGCCACCAUUAUGCGCAAGCGCUUGGACAUCCAGGAGGCCCUCAAGCGUCCAAUGAAGCAAAAGCGCAAACUACGCAUCUUCAUCUCGAACACAUUCUAUCCCAGCAAGGAGCCGUCCAACGAUGGCGAAGAGGGAGCCGUAGCCUCCUGGGAACUGCGGGUCGAGGGUCGCCUACUGGAGGAUGGCAAGGGCGAUCCCAAUACCAAGAUCAAACGCAAGUUCUCGUCGUUCUUCAAGUCAUUGGUUAUCGAACUGGACAAGGAGCUGUACGGGCCGGACAACCAUCUGGUUGAGUGGCAUCGCACCCACACCACACAAGAGACGGACGGAUUCCAGGUGAAGCGGCCUGGCGAUCGCAAUGUGCGCUGCACCAUCCUCCUGCUGCUCGACUACCAGCCGCUGCAGUUCAAGCUCGACCCCCGACUCGCGAGACUGCUCGGCGUCCACACGCAGACCAGGCCGGUGAUCAUCUCCGCCUUGUGGCAGUACAUCAAGACGCACAAGCUGCAGGAUGCCCACGAGCGGGAGUACAUCAAUUGCGACAAAUAUCUGGAGCAGAUAUUCAGCUGCCAGCGGAUGAAGUUUGCGGAGAUACCGCAACGCCUCAAUCCGCUGCUGCAUCCGCCCGAUCCGAUCGUGAUCAAUCACUUCAUUGAGAGCGGGGCCGAGAACAAGCAGACCGCCUGCUACGACAUCGAUGUGGAGGUGGACGACACGCUCAAGAACCAGAUGAAUAGUUUCCUGAUGAGCACCGCCAGCCAGCAAGAAAUCCAGGGGCUGGACACCAAAAUCCACGAGACGGUGGACACUAUCAACCAGAUGAAGACGAACAGGGAGUUCUUCCUUAGCUUCGCCAAGGAUCCGCAGAUGUUUAUACAUCGCUGGAUCAUCAGUCAGACGAGAGAUUUGAAGCUGAUGACUGAUGUAGUGGGCAAUCCGGAGGAGGAGCGACGGGCCGAGUUCUACUAUCAGCCAUGGACGCACGAGGCCGUGUCGCGCUACUUCUUCACCAAGGUCAACCAGAAGCGGGCCGAAUUGGAGCAGGCGCUGGGCAUACGCAACGGCUAGGCGAAUGCUUCGUCGAUCUCCUCCAGCAGCCAAUUCCUGGAACCAACGCCAAUCAGCAUCCGUAAACCGUGCGCACGGCAAACUCUUUUUCCUUCGCCAGUUUAGUUUAAGCUUAAAGUAUAUCCCUUUUUUUUCGACAAGCUGAACUCCAACCCUUUCCAUAACCCGAAUCCCCCAUCCAAAACACACACAUCCACAAAAUAUUGGACUUAACAGUAAGCUAAUAAAACGGCAUACAAAUAUUAAA